UGAAGUCUUUCUUUCUUUCCAACUCAAAUGGGUCUGAAUAGACCUCACAAGGUUGGCAAUGGAGUUUCUACCAGAUGGGUAUCUCUCUUUUGCAUUGCCAGCUUCUUCUUGGGUGUACUUGUUGUUAACAGGUAUCUGCCAUUGGAGACUGAGUUUCAGGCUGGCUUUUUAAAGGAUUUUGUCUGGAUAAAAAACAAGGACUUACUUUCUGGUCUUUCUGACUAGAUGCAUAAGACCUGGUGCUAGCUAGGAUAAUGGUUGGUCUACACUAAACGAUCUGUUGGAUUCUAUUUGACAAUGGAGUACGUGAGUUGGGGCAUUUGUUAUUCACUUCGAUAAGUCACUUUUGCUGGCUAGUGCAAUCUGAGUUUCACAAUCCCUGCUGAUGUAGUUUAAGUUUAAUAGCAAACUGUUGAAUAGGUGGUUCUUUGGUGAUGAAAACUGAAUUUCAUAUCCCAGAACAAGGAUGAUGCAACUAUUAAUACAAGGAAGUUAUUUUUUGAGAUCAGAUUUGGAUGUUUGUUUUGAGAUAGCAGGAUUCUUCAAUUUUCUGCAUUUGGGGAUUGAAAUUUAGUCUGAAGUUUAUUUAGUGGGGCAUUCCUAUGGAGUUUUGAGUCUAUAUAUCUCUAGGUUGUUCCACAAUUACACCCUAAUUGUUAAGGCUUCUGCUAUGCUCCUGAUAUGAAAGUACUGUCUUUUUUUAUUAUGCAUCACAACACUUACUUGGUUGGCCUAUUUCUUUCUCAUCUACACGUCUUCUGGAUGCCUAACAGUCUGGAAUUUGUUAUGAAAGUGCUUGUGAUAAAAUGCGAUCUGGAAAAUUUGUUAUGCUGCAUCAAGAGCUGUGCUGUUGAAAAUUGCUGGUUACAGUGGUGCAAUAAUUUUGGAUGUUUGAAGGAGUCUGUAACAUAGAAAGUGUGAUGAUUGUGAACUUCAGCUUGCUCAAAUUCCUUAUGUAUAAAUAUGUGUAUAUAUAUUAUAUUUACAAGGAAUUGUUAUCAAUAUGACUCAAGCCCGAUAAUUCUAUGUGGGAGCACAUGUCAUCAAUCAUCUAAUCCCGUAAUCUGUUAGUUGACAGCCAGACCAUGACAUGAAAUAUGGUAGCACAGUAUCUCAUGGGUUUAUUUUCUAAAUGAAAAUGUACCUCUACCUGUGUUAUACUUGUUAUGUUUCAGUCAUUUUCAGCUCUGUUAGUUUUGUUUUGUAGGCUGAUUUGGGAUGUCACUGAUCCAGUCAAAAUGGAUGAGGAGGCUUCAUCCUUGACGAAACAUCAAUCAGGAGAUGUUCUACCCACAGUAAAUUGUGAUAAGAAGGAGGUUUCAGACCAAGUGGGAGACAUUCUUUCUCAAGUUUCACAGACACAUGAUGUAAUCAUGACAUUAGACAAGACAAUAUCCUCAUUGGAGGUGCAGUUAGCAGCAGCUAGAGCAGCCAAAUCUGACAACAGUGAGGAAGGAUCUCCCGUGGUUACAAGACAAGGAACCGAGCAAUUCAAGGAGCGACAGAAGGUUUUCUUUGUUAUGGGAAUCAUGACAGCAUUUAGCAGCAGAAAACGAAGGGACUCAAUCAGAGACACAUGGAUGCCUCAAGGAGAUGAGCUGAAGAGAUUGGAGAGAGAGAAGGGAAUCAUAAUACGGUUUGUUAUUGGACACAGUGCAACUCCAGGUGGUGUUUUGGACCGUGCCAUUGAUGCAGAAGAAGCUCAACAUAAGGAUUUUUUGCGACUGAACCAUGUGGAAGGAUAUCAUGAGUUGUCUUCCAAAACCCAAAUCUAUUUCUCAACAGCUGUCGCUAAGUGGGAUGCUGACUUUUUUAUCAAAGUUGACGAUGAUGUUCACAUAAAUCUUGGUAUGGUUGGUUCUACUUUGACGCGCCAUCGAUCAAAGUCUCGCGUUUAUAUUGGCUGCAUGAAGUCUGGUCCUGUCCUGGCACAGAAGGGUGUCAGGUACCACGAACCCGAAUAUUGGAAAUUUGGUGAGGAAGGAAACAAAUACUUUAGGCAUGCCACAGGGCAAAUUUAUGUUCUCUCCAAAGAUUUAGCUACUUACAUCUCAGUGAAUAAGCACAUACUUCAUAGAUAUGCUAAUGAAGAUGUUUCUUUGGGUUCUUGGUUUAUUGGUCUUGAUGUCGAGCACAUCGAUGAUAGAAGCCUCUGCUGUGGGACUCCCCCAGAUUGCGAGUGGAAAGCACAGGCGGGUAAUGCCUGUGCUGCGUCGUUUGAUUGGACCUGCAGCGGCAUUUGCAAAUCUGUGGAGAGAAUGGAGGAAGUACACCAGCGGUGCGGGGAGGGUGAUGAUGCUAUAUGGCACACUAGCUUCUGAAAUUAACCAUAUUUUCUUUUUUACUUUCUUUGUUGUAACAUAAAUGUGUAUGGAAAGAAAGAAGAAAAAUGAAAAGAAAAAAAAAAGAAAUGGUUGAGACAAAACGCCUCCUGCCCCAUUUUUGUUUUAAUGAUUUGUGUCGGGACAGGUGAUGGUAUUUGAUUAAUUAAUUUAAAUGUUGCACA